GUGAGGCAGAAAGUGCACCUGAAUACCUUUGGCUUCUUUAAGGGUGGUUUCAUGAAAGUCAGUGUCAGGAACCUUUCGCUGAAGCCACCUGUGGGCUCUGAUGACAAGAGCAGCUUAUCAGUGGGAUUCAGUUUGGAUCGAACAAGGAAUGAUGGGUUCUCCACUUACCUGGAUGAAGAAGUGGAUUACUGUAUCUUAAAAAAGAAACCAGAACAAGAUGUCUCUGUUGUAAUCUUACUUCUGGAUUUCAAAACUGAAGUUGUGAAAGUACGGUUCUCUGCAGAAGCAUCUUCUUUACUACCUAAAAUUUCAUUUGUGUCUGCGGAAAACGUUACUGCCUUAAGUACCAAGCUGCUAAAAACUUCCGAACAGAGCAAUGGUUCUGAUAAAAAUCUUGCAAAGACCAACCAAAAUCCAGACAGCAAAGAUAAGAAGUCCAAACGAAGUACAACAUCCUCCCAGAGCAUAGUAGAACAAGAACAUCCAGUUCACAAUGACAAAGGAACUUUUUCAUUUCAGUUUUUUUUUAACAUCAGCUCUGAUAACCAAGAAGGUCUCUACAGCCUGUAUUUCCAUAAAUGUGUUGGCAGUGAUGGGCCGAUGAAUGAUCAGCGACUGUUUAGUCUUGAUAUAGAAAUUACGGAAAAGAAUCCUGAAAGCUACCUCUCAGCAGGUGAGAUCCCACUGCCAAAACUUUACAUAUCCAUGGCUAUCUUCUUCUUCCUGUCUGGAACUGUGUGGAUCCACAUACUACGUAAACGCAGAAAUGAUGUUUUUAAGAUUCACUGGCUAAUGGCAGCCCUCCCUUUCACAAAAUCUCUGUCCUUAGUCUUCCAUGCGAUCGACUAUUACUACAUUUCUUCUCAGGGAUUUCCUAUUGAAGGCUGGGCUGUUGUUUAUUACAUCACUCACCUACUGAAGGGUGCUCUUCUGUUCAUCACUAUCGCCCUUAUUGGUACAGGCUGGGCUUUUAUUAAACACAUCCUGUCAGAUAAAGACAAAAAAAUUUUCAUGAUUGUCAUCCCACUUCAGGUACUGGCAAAUGUGGCAUACAUUAUCAUAGAGUCAACAGAAGAAGGGACAACUGAAUAUGGACUGUGGAAAGAAAUCCUCUUCCUGGUAGACUUGCUAUGUUGUGGAGCCAUCCUAUUUCCAGUGGUAUGGUCAAUAAGACAUUUACAGGAGGCUUCAGCAACAGAUGGGAAAGGCAAGUAA